AUGAGUUGAAUUAUUGCUACUGCGGGUUAUGACCAGUGCAUAAAAUUCUGGGAUCUAAACAACUGCACUAGAUCAAUUCCUUUCACAGACUCAGCUGUUAACAAAAUAAUUGUUUCGCCUGAUAAGGAUUACCUUGGAGUAGCUGCUCAUACACAGUUGCAUUUGUAUAAAAUCGAAGGAUUCUCACAGAAGCCUGAUAAGACCUAUCUUGAUAAUAAAACAAAUAUCACCGACCUUGGAUUUGAGAAGGACUGCAAGUGGCUCUUCACAAGCUCUGAGGAUGGCAUCCUACAGAUCUUUGACUAUAGGGCUGAAGGUUUCCAGAUGAAAUAUGAGAAUUCCUGAUGUAUCAAUUCUGCAAUAUUGCAACCUCUCCAAAGCGAGAUCUACUUUGGAGAUGACAAGGGCACUAUUGGCAUUUGGGACCUUGUCAAGAACGAGCCUAGGAUCCUGCAAGAAGAUCCUGAACAAGUGGCUAUUCGAUCAAUCGAUAUCACAGUUGAAGGUUCCAAACUUUGAGCAGCAAACUCUGAGGGAAUGGUGUUCGUGAGAAAUCUUAAUGAUAAGGGAGAAUAUGUACUCAUUGAGGAUAUAGAAGCCCACAUCGAUAGUUAUAUUUUGAAAUGCAAGUUUAGCAGAUGAGGACAAUUUAUAGCAACCUGUAGCAGCGAUCGGACACUUAAGAUAUGGGAAUGCGACGAUGAGAACUCUUAUGAGGAAAUCCAAGAGCUAACAGGUCACACUGGAUGGGUAUGGGAUUGUGCAUUUACUGUAAACUCAGAUUACUUAGUUUCCGUUUCCUCAGAUGCUAUACUAAAAAUCUGGGAAGUAGAAUCAGGCGAUCUCAGAAGGGUACUCAAAGGUCAUGCAAAAGGAAUAACCACACUUGCUUUCUCUGAUUACUAAAACUUCC